CCCCCCCGCCCCGCCCGUCGGCGGCCGCAAUGUUCUCCCUCAAGCAGCCCAAACCCACCUUCAAGUCGUACCUUCUGCCUCAGGCUGAUGACAAUAUAGCAUCAGAACCAAGGAUUAAAAAACUGGAACCAGUACUUUUACCAGGUGAAAUUGUGGUGAACGAAGUAAAUUUUGUAAGAAAGUGCAUUGCAACUGAUACAAGCCAGUAUGAUCUGUGGGGCAAGUUGGUUUGCACUAACUUCAAGAUUUCCUUUAUUACGGAUGACCCGAUGCCACUGCAGAAAUUCCAUUAUAAAAACCUCCUCCUUGGUGAACAUGAUGUUCCACUCACAUGCAUUGAGCAGAUUGUCACAGUUAAUGACACCAAGAGGAAACAGAAGGUCCUUGGUCCCAACCAAAAACUUAAAUUUAAUCCAACUGAAUUAAUAAUUUAUUGCAAAGACUUCCGUAUUGUCAGAUUUCGUUUUGAUGAAGCAGGUCCUGAAAGUGCAAAAAAGGUGUGCCUUGCAAUAGCUCAUUAUUCUCAGCCAACGGAUCUUCAGCUUCUCUUUGCAUUUGAGUAUGUUGGGGAAAUAUACCAUAAUCCAGCAAAGAAGGUGAAUGGCAUAGACCCAGGAGGUGGUGGCGGUGGCAUCGGCAAUGCCAGUGGUCAGCAGACUCCUUUGUUUGAAACUUACUCAGAUUGGGAUAGAGAAAUCAAAAGGACAGGUGCAUCCGAUUGGAGAGUGUGCUCAGUCAAUGAAGGUUAUAUGAUCUCCACUUGCCUUCCAGAAUAUUUUGUGGUUCCAUCUUCCUUAGCAGAUCAAGACCUGAAGCUGUACUCCUACUCCUUCAUUGGGAGGCGAAUGCCUUUAUGGUCCUGGAAUCACCCUAACGGGAGUGCCCUUGUGAGAAUGGCCAACAUAAAAGAUGUAUUGCAGCAGCGAAGAAUCGAUCAAAGGAUUUGUAAUGCCAUCACUCGAAGCCAUCCCCUGAGAAGUGACGUCUACAAAUCUGACCUGGACAAGUGUCUCCCCAACAUCCAGGAAAUCCAGGCUGCACACAUCAAACUCAAACAGCUCUGUGUCAAUGAGCCUUUUGAUGAAACUGAAGAGAAGUGGCUGUCCUCACUGGAGAACACUCGCUGGUUGGAGUAUGUUAGAGCCUUUCUUAAGCAUUCUGCUGAGCUUGUCUAUAUGAUGGAGUGCAAGCACGUUUCUGUAGUUCUACAAGAGGAAGAGGGACGGGACCUGAGUUGUCUUGCUGCUUCUCUCAUUCAAGUCAUGCUGGAUCCCUAUUUUCGAACAAUUGUUGGAUUUCAAAGCUUAAUACAGAAGGAAUGGGUCAUGGCAGGAUAUCAAUUUUUAGAUAGGUGUAACCACUUAAAGAGAUCUGACAAAGAGUCUCCUUUGUUCUUGAUGUUCCUGGACUGUGUUUGGCAGCUGCUGGAGCAAUACCCAGCAGCCUUCGAGUUCUCUGAAGUGUACCUGACCAUCCUGUACGACAGCGCCCGCAUCUCCCUGUUCGGCACCUUCCUCUUCAACUGCCCUCACCAGCGAGUCAAGGAAAGCACUGAAUUUGCUAUAAGCAAAAAUAUUCAGCUGGGUGAUGAGAAAGGCCUGAGGUUUCCGUGUGUUUGGGACUGGUCUCUGCAGCUCUCGAGCCGGGACCGGCUGCUGUUCCACAACCCGCUGUACGUGGGGAAGAGCGCGCCCAGCGCGCACAACGGGGCCCUCUGGGCCUUCAAGCGCUCCAAGAAAAACUACAGCUCCACAUUGCGAGGUGUCCCCCCAGCACUAAAAAACGGAAUCAUCGGUGAGCAGGAGUUCCUUCCAAGAAGAAACUCUCUGAUUCUAAAACUGAAGCCAGACUUUUCCCAGCCAGCAGAGGGGCAGACCCACAGCAUGGAGCAGUACUUCAGAGACUGGUUUGCAAAGCCCGUUGAUUUGCACGGCAUCAUUCUGCCCCAUCUCUCUGCAACGCAAAUCAAACUGUGGAAACUCUGCUACUUCCGCUGGGUUCCCGAGGCCCAGAUCAGCCACGGGGGCUCCAUCACCGCUUUCCACAGAGUGUCUCUGCUGGCCGACGAGGUGGACACGUUGAACCGCAGCCUGCGACAGUACAAGAGCAAUUCCUCCCUGCAAGGCCACUGCUCAGAACUGGAUCAAAGCAGGAUGUACUUCAGAGCAAAUGGUUUAAAUGACACCUCAGGCGCCCCAGACUUUCUCUCCUCCUCAUUCCCAUUUUCUCCUGUAGGGAAUCUAUGCAGACGGAGCAUUUUGGGAACACCUUUAAGCAAAUUUUUAAGCGGUGCCAAAAUCUGGCUAUCCACCGAGACGCUUGCAAAUGAGGACUGAGGUGAUGUGGAGGUUUAAAAGUUUGGGGAGAAUAGAGCAUAUCAUUUUGUCUUUUCUAACUUAACACUGCUAAAUGCGGCAUUGAAAGCUGUAAUAAUCUUUAUAUACAAACAUUACAUAAGAUUUGCACAAAUAUUUAAAAGCAAGGCAAGUCAUGCUUCAAAUCGCACAAUUUUGUCUUCAGUAGUUCUCAUCUGCUGGGGCUUCUGCUCCCCAAUUCCUCCUGUUUUUGGGGGUUGGCUCAUUACAAGUUAUAGAGUUUCAUUAGCAAAUUGAAAGGCUUGGUGUGAUUGCUAGUGAGGGUUCUGCUUGAAAUACCUUUGUUCUCCCAGGUUGUGACUGAAGUGACCCUUUGAUAAAACAGCUUGGAAAGCCAAAGUAGUGCAGUGAAGAUGAACUGACAGCUGAAAUCUGGGAAUAUACUAUUUUAUCAGAGUGUCUCAUCAGGACUAAUACUUACUUGCAUAGAUAAAACAUACUUAUGUUCCAUGACUGAUCACCCUACAUUGUGCUAAUGCAGUGUAUCAUUGGAAGGGGUUGCUCCCUUUUCUUCCUCUCCCCAAAAUGCAUUCAUUAACAAUUAGUCAGAUUUGUGCUCUUUGUCAUGAGCUUGACUUCAGACUAUAGAAAUCCACAUCAGGACAAUGCACUGUUAACCUUAAAACAUUUACUGUAGAUAUGGUAUGUAGUAGCUUUAGAAGUGCCUUUAAUAGGGAGGAAACAGUAGCAGGAUUACUCUAAUGCAGCUGACACCCCCUCCAACUUCUUAAAACAGAUUGUUGUGGCAAGUUCUUGUUCCAUCCCCUGCUUCCCCCUCUCCAUUUCUGGAAACAGCAGGCAUCCAGAAGAAACAACAGGUGUUCCCUCUUUAAGGUUAAGCUUGUUUGUAAGUCCCACAAGAUCGUCACCUUUUUAUAAGAGCACCUCAACUACUCAGCAUUAUAUCCCUGCACAGAUCCUGAUCCCUGCCAACCCUCUCAUUUUUUUGUAGGAUGAAGAAGCUUUCAGCAGAACUCAUACCUGAGCCCUGCUGGAUUCCAGAAAGGAGCACUGGCUCCUCAUUGCCAGUUCCACAAGGGGUGCAGCUGCUGUGGUCACUGGUAGCAGGUGCUGCAAGAAGAGCAGUGAGUGGUGCCUUCUUUUUGCAGACUCCACAUCCACAGGGACAGUGCAAUGAACAAGCACUGCCAAGGGAAUUACAUCCAACAGCCUCCCUCUGCUUAAUGCAGCAGCCUCCUCGUUGUUCUGAAACCUUUUAAAAUGAUGCAUCUCCCUGGAUGCUGUGCCACAAAAGGACUCACAGGGAGGAAGGCAGGAGUGUGAACAUUCCAGGAGCUUGGAGAAAUAGUGACAUGUCAUUCUCAUAGGUUAAGGCUCCUGUCAGCUGCCUUGUCUGAACAGCAAGGCAGUAUUUUGUAUUAAAUUAUUUCUGUAUAAACACCAAUACUCUCAGCCUCUAUCCAGGUGUUGCCUCGCCAGUUAAGGCACCAAAGGCCUUACAUGAUGGACUCGGAGUGUUCUCAGUUUUCUCAGUGGGGAAAAAAGAAAGCUGCAGGAUGGGAAUACCCAGUGUAUUGGAGUUUAAAAAAAGGGGAGGGGAUAGGAUUUGGAGAUCUUUGUUUGUAAACCCAAACUGAUCUUCAGCACAGCCUAAAUCACAAAGUGGGGUUUGGCUCCCAGGCUGUUCCCUGCCCUCCAAGGCAGUGCUGUGCUUGCUCUGCUGGGGUUGGAGAGGGCAGCAAGGCAGGGCCAAAUGCAAAGGUGAACAAUGUCAGGGAGGGGGCUUCCUUUUUUACCUUACCAAACUUCCCAACCCCGUUCCUAUGCAAAGAAGCAAGCACAGGCUGUUGUGACACAAUGCCAGGUGCUUCUGGGCAACUGUUUGUGAGGAAAAAACGUGUAUUCACCUCAAUUGCCUAAUUAUUCUGUAAGAGGAGCUGAGCAUGUUAAAUGGUCCACAAACCAGUUGUGUUUAUUUCCAAGCUUGCUGCAGCAGUCAUCUCACUUGUUCAUUAUUCAAACGUUUGUAUUAGCUUGCUUUUGCCAUUCCUCUUUUCCCAUUAGCUUACUGCUUUCC